AUGCUGACGACCGGUGUCUCGCUUCAGGCCCUCCUCACGGCCAUGCAUCUGACGUCGGGCUUGUCCGAGCUCUUGAACUGUGCUUGCAAGGACACCUUUGUCAAAGCCUUUUUUGCCAAGGUAAACCUGUCUGCACCAGCCGGAGCUGAAGGUCAUGACGUUACGCUGGAACAGCUCCUGGAAGCUCGCAUCUUCACGCGGGCCAACACCGGGGGCUUUGGCCUGCACGACUUGAUUGAGCGCGGUCCGGUGGCUUAUGUCUGCAACAUGGCCAAGCUGGCCACUCACUACCCUCGGGUCUACGAUCGACUUUUGGAGGAUGAAUCGAGGGCUGCUGACUUUGAGGCCCACGUGCAGCGAGCCGGCUUCCAGAUGGCCACGGUCAAGGACGCGGGGACUCAGCGACCAGCUGAGAUCAUUGCCCUCCGCUCCAAGGCGGCACUGGACGACCUGAUGGCCAAGUGCGCGCUGGACCUGCAGCAGGCAUAUCUGGCCUCACGUGAGUGGGGCGUCAGCACUGUCUUGACCAUGCGGGGUCGGGACAAGUUGCGUCGCUUGAGCGACACGACCUUUGCCAUUGCGGUCGUGUCCAUGAUGGGUUUUGGCCUCCAUGAACUCAUCAACGUCAAGCCGACGGACAAGUGCCCGCUCUGCAGCAGCAAGACACCUCAGCCGCGACUAACCCGCGAGCACCUGCUGACCUGCCCUCUGCCCGACCUGGGCAUUGACGUGACUGUGCGCACAGCCCAACCCCCGACCACCUCGCAAGCCUGCAUCAAGGUGGGCGCUGCCCUUCGCCGAGCCGAAAAGGAGAAGCGCGACUACUACACCGGUUUCAACCAUGGAAAAACUCUGAUCGUCCCUGCGGCGAUGACGACAACCGGUGGGUUCGCCUCCUCCUUUGUGGAUCUGCUUGGUCAGCUCGCCCGCUGCGCCGAGGCCCGUGGUGUGUACCAGCCGGGGCUGGAUGAGGCCUUUGUUCCUCGGUGGAAGGGUCGCUUUGCGGCUCUGGUCCAUCAGAUGAACGCUGACCACAUCCAGCGCCACUUUGGCGGUGUCUGCCUGCGCUCGUCGUAG